AUUGUUAAGGGCAAUACAUUUACAAUAAAAAUCGUCUACUAUUCAUUUCUUGAAAAUGAGCUAAAAUAAUAUCAUUGUCAAUUGUUCCGAGAACAUCUUUUAAUUAAAGAAGAGAAGAAUUGACAAUCACAAUUGAAAAUCAAAAAGAAAAGAAAGGGAGAGGAUUGAUUCUCACCUGAAUUGAAUCUGACGAAGGAGAAGGAGGAAGAAUGGGAAGAACGGCGUAUGGAUGACAAUGGCGAUGGUGGACUGGACAGUGGUUCAACAUUUCAAGGAGUGAAGGAGAGGAGUCGAUAAGCAGUGAAAGACACCUGUACCAAGCUCGGACUAUAAUUUUCUUUUUUGACAAAUUUGACAAAUGCUUAUUUUAAAAUUAGUGAAUAUUUGAGAAAUGAAAAAUUAAGGGUUUGAACACGCAUCAAUUAUGUAUGAGGUUCAAAUCCCGGCUCCUGCAUAAUACAUGCGACGUCCUUAACAAUUUAGCUAAGCUCACGAACGAACACACAUACACUUAAUUUUUUUUUUGUCAAGUAGCUUAACGACUAAAAAUUUCAGUGGAUAAAUGGGAUGUUCAUGGUUCGAACCCCAACCCCGACCUCAACCCUACAUAUAUAAUGCAAUAUCUCUAUCAACUAAGUUAAACUCAUGAGAACGUAUCAACUUAAUUCUAUUUAUAAAAUAUAAAUCAUUUGAGAAUAAAAAAUGACAGAGUAUCCAAAAUUGGCUGUAACUUUGUACUUGCCGCGUGUACGCGAAUUACACACGAAAUCAAUGUCCGUCCAGGACGGCAUGACAGACAACAUUACUCGGAGGAGCUAUUGAGAAACUUUUCAUAAUUGUGAAAAGGAAAUAUAGUUUUUAUUUUUUUUAUAUUUUUUAACAAAUAAUAAAAAAAUUAAAGUUAAUGUUAGGAUUAAACGUGCAGCCACAUCUCUACCAGGCUAUGAAAAGAUAUUUAUUUUAUAUUAUGAAAAAAAUAAAUUAAAAAAAUUUGAAAGUAUGUCACCAUCUACUUAUAAUAACUCUAGAACUUAUCACCCGGAUCAAUUUAUUAUUAGUAAUUUAGUAAUAUUUUACACUUUUUAAAUAAUUGAAAAUAUCCAAUAAAAUAUAAAGUUAAUUUAUAAAUACCCUCAACCAAGUCAAGCCAACAAAGGUUGAAUUUAGUUAAAGAGUAUGUAUCUUGUAACAUCUUAUUUUAUUUUUUGGUAUUAAGGAAUUGAACUCGAUUUUUUUUGAACGAUUUGUUCUAACGAAAAUUCAUUAGUCAUUAUAGCUCAAUAUCUUAAUUAAUCUUGUUUAAAUUUUAAAAGAAUAAAAUAAUUUUUUUAAUAAAGAUUUGUCUCUUCUUCACUCCACCUAGGUUGUGCUAUGUACUAAGUAUUGUAUUGACUAUUGAAAUAGAGAUAAUGGUUAAGGACAACUCAUUUUUAUGUCAUCUUCAUGAAAAUGCAUCCCACUAAGUCAUUUUUCAUUCCACAGAUCAUGCAGUUCUUCUUUUGAAAUUUCCACUAUACUUUACUUCAAUUUUAAUGUGUAUAAUUAUCAAACUUGUAAAUUUCUUCUCUGCAAAACCAUUUAAAUUACUCAGCAAAAAUGUGUUCAUACAUUAAAAAAGUCCUUUAACAAACUUUGACCAAAUUAGAUAACAACAAAAAUAAUAGUGUAUACUCAUAGUUUUGCUAGGAAGUUUCAUGGAAACUAUUUCAUGUACCCUUUAACACGAAAUAUCAAAGUUUGUGUAUAUAUAUAAAUACAUGGCCAUCCUUGUAUCUUAGAAUGAAGAUCUUUCCUAGUCUUUUCCUCAAACUAGAUACUUCUUCUCAUUUUCUUUAGUCACAAAUCACCAUGUCUAAUAAUCAUAAUCUACAAUAUGAUGGUAGUUCAUUUAUCAUUGACAUCACAAGUACCCUUAACAAAGUCACUUCUAAAUACACAAACAAUGCAAAAAGAAGAUGGCGUUUUGCAUAUACAGCUAUUUAUUCUAGAAGGGUUAUGCUUUCUCUUGCAAAAGAAGUCAUAUCUAGAAAAAAUCCAAAUCACUAUGCAAAACUCUUUCACACAGAAUCUUGUUCUAGUUCCAAUACCACUCUUGAUAUAAUUGAACCACUAAUUACAAUACAUAAUGGAACCAAAACCAAUUUGGUUUCUGAUUUUGUUGAUAAAACCAAACUUGCUGAUAUGGUUAAGGACAAAAACUUGAAGUCCUUAAGUGAGUUUGGUGGAGUUGAAGGUGUUGUACAUGUUCUUGGAACAGUUCAUGACAAAGGAAUCAUUGGAAGUGACGACGAUAUUUUGAGGCGGAUUGAGUUGUUUGGUUCAAAUACUUACAAAAAGCCACCACCAAAAGGUCUUUUACAUUUUGUGCUUGAAGCUUUCAAUGAUACAACUAUUAUCAUUCUUCUUGUUUGUGCUGGUCUUUCCCUUGGUUUUGGCAUAAAAGAACAUGGAGCAGGGGAAGGUUGGUAUGAAGGUGGAAGUAUAUUUCUUGCAGUUUUUCUUGUUGUGGUUGUAAGUGCAUUGAGCAAUUUCAGACAAGAAAGACAAUUUCACAAAUUGUCUAAGAUAAGUAACAAUAUCAAAGUUGAAGUUGUUAGAAAUGGAAGGCCACAAAAGAUAUCAAUCUUUGAUGUUCUUGUGGGAGAUGUUGUUUCUCUCAAAAUUGGUGAUCAAAUUCCAGCUGAUGGAGUUUUUUUGUCAGGUCAUUCAUUGCAAGUGGAUGAAUCUAGCAUGACAGGUGAGAGCGAUCAUGUAGAGAUUGAGCCUUUAAGAGCUCCAUUUUUGUUAUCCGGUGCAAAAGUUGUGGAUGGAUAUGCUCAAAUGCUUGUGACAUCUGUGGGAAAAAACACAUCAUGGGGUCAAAUGAUGAGCUCGAUAACGCGAGACACUAACGAAAGAACCCCGUUACAAGCGCGCCUUGACAAGUUAACCUCUUCGAUCGGAAAGGUUGGACUUGCAGUAGCGUUUCUUGUUCUUUUAGUGUUGUUGAUUCGUUAUUUUACCGGUAACUCGCAGGAGGAUAAAGGGCAUAAGAAGUUUCGAGGAAGCAAAACAGAUAUAAAUGAUGUUUUAAAUUCUGUUGUGAGUAUUGUUGCGGCUGCAGUCACUAUUGUGGUUGUAGCAAUCCCUGAGGGUUUGCCAUUGGCUGUGACACUCACACUUGCUUACUCCAUGAAAAGAAUGAUGGGAGAUAAUGCUAUGGUGAGGAAACUUUCUGCCUGUGAAACUAUGGGAUCAGCAACAGUUAUCUGCACUGAUAAAACUGGUACCUUGACAUUAAAUCAAAUGAGGGUCACCAAGUUUUGUCUUGGCAUUGAAAACUUUACCGAAAUAUUUUCCAAUGCAAUGGCUCCAAAAGUUCUUGAAUUGUUCCAUCAAGGAGUAGGCCUUAAUACAACUGGUAGUGUCUAUAAUCCUCCAUCAGGUUCCGAACCUGAAAUUUCGGGUAGUCCAACAGAGAAAGCUAUACUCUUGUGGGCUGUAUCGGAAUUAGGUAUGAACAUGGAUGAAAUGAAACAGAAACAUAAAGUCCUUCAUGUUGAAACAUUUAACUCAGAGAAGAAACGAAGCGGCGUUGCAAUAAAGAAGGAGAACGACGACAGAGUUCAUGUGCAUUGGAAAGGAGCUGCAGAGAUGAUACUAGCAAUGUGUACAAGCUAUACUGAUAGUAACGGAGCGAGGAAAUCCCUUGUUGAUGAAGAGCGGAGAAAAGUUGAGACGACAAUCCAAGGUAUGGCUGCUAGUAGUCUAAGAUGUAUUGCUUUUGCUCACAUGGAGAUUUCAGAUUCAGAAGGUAAUGAUUAUAUGAUCACAAGGGAGAAAAAAACACAUCAAAUCCUAAGAGAAGAUGGAUUGACCUUGCUUGGCAUUGUUGGUCUCAAGGAUCCAUGCAGACCAAACACAAAGAAAGCUGUGGAAACUUGCAAAGCUGCAGGAGUUGAAAUUAAGAUGAUCACCGGCGAUAACAUAUUCACCGCAAAGGCAAUAGCAACAGAAUGUGGAAUAUUAGAUCCUAAGAAUGCCAAUGCCGGAGAAGUUGUGGAAGGUGUGGAAUUCAGAAAUUAUACAGAAGAAGAGAGAAUGGAGAAAGUCGAUAAGAUCCUAGUAAUGGCAAGAUCAUCCCCUAUGGACAAACUUUUGAUGGUGCAAUGCUUAAGAAAGAAAGGCCAUGUAGUUGCAGUCACAGGCGAUGGCACGAACGAUGCACCUGCAUUAAAAGAAGCUGAUAUAGGACUUUCUAUGGGAAUCCAAGGAACCGAAGUUGCAAAAGAAAGUUCUGAUAUUGUUAUCUUAGACGACAACUUCAAUUCGGUUGCAACUGUUUUAAGAUGGGGAAGAUGUGUUUACAACAACAUCCAGAAAUUUAUUCAGUUUCAACUAACAGUGAAUGUUGCAGCACUUGUGAUAAACUUUAUUGCAGCAGUUUCGUCCGGCGAUGUUCCUUUAACAACAGUUCAACUUCUUUGGGUGAAUCUCAUUAUGGAUACAUUAGGUGCUUUGGCAUUAGCAACAGAAAGACCUACAAAAGAGUUAAUGAAGAAAAAGCCGAUCGGUAGAACCGAACCUCUUAUCACAAACAUUAUGUGGAGAAACCUUUUAGCUCAAGCUUCAUAUCAAAUUGCAGUUCUUCUGAUUAUGCAGUUUUAUGGAAAAUCAAUCUUCAAUGUAAGUAAGGAGGUAAAAAAUACACUAAUCUUUAAUACUUUUGUUCUCUGCCAAGUUUUCAACGAGUUCAACUCAAGGAGUAUGGAGAAACUCUAUGUAUUCGAAGGCAUUCUGAAAAACCAUCUGUUUAUUGGAAUUAUUGGUAUUACUAUUGUUCUUCAAAUCUUGAUGGUGGAACUGCUAAGGAAAUUUGCUGAUACAGAAAGAUUAACAUGGGAGCAAUGGGGAAUUUGUGUUGGCAUUGCAGUUGUUUCAUGGCCACUUGCUUGCUUAGUAAAGCUCAUACCUGUUUCAGAUAAACCUUCAUUCAACUAUACUAAGUGGAUUAAAUUAUUAGUUGUUAAGAUUAAGAAGGCUUUUUAAUUUUACCUCAAAGUUGUAAUGAUAUUCCAAGUAUCUUGGAAACUUGAAUAUGAGGCAUUAGAGUAUAUAGCACGUAUUGAAAUUCAAGACCCUUUUGUUUUUGAAACAUAAGGGAUAUGUGAAAUUUUUUAGCAAAUACUUUUAUAUAGGCCUAGAAUUUUGGGUAGUAAUUGUGGUUGAAAAGUUCUAGGAAUGUGAGAGUAUGUAAUAAACUAGAUUUCCCACCCGUGCGACGCACGGGGAAGAAUUUGUUUAUACCAUAUGGUUUUAUAUUU